AUGUCUGGACGUAAAGAAUGGCCAGAAUUGGUCGGACAAACAUUCCAAGCAGCCUGUCAAAAAAUUUCAGAAUUUGAUAGUAGUUUAACUCCAUAUAAUGCGAGGAAUGGGCAACAAGACCGAAUGUAUGAUCCAACUCGUGUUGUGUGUGUCACAAACGACAACGAUAUUAUAACUGAAGUUCCAUAUUAUAAUUAUGAAUCAACAUAUGAUUCCAGGUUAUUACUUUCUGGUUAUGUUGUAUCAUCAGCUGAUCGUUUAUCGAAUUCUGUUACAACCAUAUCAAAAGAAGUUGAACGAUUUGGUGAAAUAUUUUCAUCAGAAAAUGAUGAUACUGUUGGAAUAUUUAUUAAUUUAAGGAAUUUUCUCAUUUAA